AUGGAUUAUUAUCGGUCGAACAAUGGGAAUAUCGUGUGGGAUUGGGCGUGGACGAGGGUACCGAAUAGUGAAGAAGAAAAAAGUGAGAUGGAAGAACUGGUGAACAUGUUACAACAGUGGCCAAUUUCAUCAAAUGAAGAUGUAUGGUUUUGGAGCGGGUCCGAGCAAAAUGAUUUCCAGGUAAAGGAGGUGAGACGGUCACUAACCCAGCAGGUGGAUCUAAACGAAUCUGUAUUCAGUUUCUUUUGGAACAAAUGGACAACAAAGAAGAGCUUAAUGUUUGUUUGGAGAGCUAUAGAGGAAAAAAUCCCAACAGCCUCGGCUUUAGCACAUAGAGGCAUGAAUUUGGCUGGAACAAUAUGUAAAACGUGUGGGGCAGCAGAGGAAACAGCGGUCCACAUUCUGUUACAGUGCAACUUUGCGAAGCGGGUUUGGGAAGAAAUGACAAGAAAGAGGAGGAAAGCUAUUCAAGUAAUGUGGCAUUUGUGGAAAGCCAGAAACGAGAAAAUCUUUGGUGAUGGACACAACACGGAAUAUGUACAACAAAUUGGUACCGUGUAA